AUGUUCAAAAACUUCAUUGAAAAUGAGAUUGAUUCAAAGUCAAGUGCUGAAUUGCGUGCAAAGUUCUUCAAGAAUAUAGAAGUUAAGCGAGAAAAGAUGUCUUCUAGUCAGCAACAACAUCAACCACCACCACCACUAAAGAGGAUAAAAACCCUUACUAAUAGGGAAAGGGAGCAGAAGUUAAGAAAAACUGGUGUCCAACCAAAUGAUAAGCAGAAUUUUGUAGAAAAGCCAAAAAUUGCAAAAGAAAAAGGGCAGAAUUUGAAGAAAAGUAAAGUACAGAUGGAAGCAAGUAUGACUCACUCACAAGGAUCAACAUGUAGACAAGAAAAAGAACUUCCUUCUAAAUCUACUGCUGUGGCUCACAAGAUUACUAAUGAAGUAGAUUCUAGAAUGACUCAAGAUUUGAAGAGAAAAGAGACCACAAAUGAAGAUGAUAUUGAAGAGUGUGGCAGCUUGCAAGAAAGGCAAACUAAGAAGGGAAAAACACGUCAAUUUGCUUCAAUGCCGAUUGAUACUUUUCUUCAACUUAACAAUGAACCUGAUGGUGAAGAGCAAUUGGAUGAGAAUGAAGGAGAUAUUAUAGAGGAGCAGGACAAGGAUUAUAUUAAUCCAACUGAGGCUGAGAACAUAGACAAUACUUUGAAAGAGACAACAGUGAAGAAAACACGAGGUCCUACACAAUGCUUGAAGAUUCAUGCAUUACAGAUGGAAGAUAGAGAAGAAAUUACUCUAGAUAAUGAAGGAGAAGCAAUUAGUCCUACUGAUGAAGCUGUAAAUAACUUAAGCAAAUUUUUGGGCACAGUGGCAAGGAAUUCAGAUUUUUGUCCAUUAAUUUACACAAAUUGGAAGGGGAUUAAAGAUAAAGAAGCCAUUUGGGAAUAUGUUCAAGCUAAGUUCAUUAUUCCAACUGAAGGAAAGAGGAUAGUCCUUGCUCGUAUGAAUGACAACUGGAGACGGUAUAAGACCACAAUCAAGCAAAAUCAUUUUCUGCCAUACAAAUGUGUUAAUGAAAUGCUGAAAAAUCGUCCUAAAAGCAUACCUGAGAGUCAUUUUCGCAAGUUGAUUGCUUGUUGGAGAACUGAGAAAGUUAAGGCUGCUUCUAAGGAAAAUAAUGAACCACCUACUCAAGCAGAAAUGUUUGUUGAGACUCGCCAAAGCACAAAGGGAAAAUCAUUGGAUGAAGACACUUUGGAUGUUAUUGCACAUCUGCAAGCUGAGAAUAAAAAGUCUAAAGAAUCAGCAAUUAGAGCUUUUCAAUCCAUAUUUGGCAAAGAGAAGGCAGGGAGAGUGCGAUGUCACGGAAGAGUUACCACACCAACUUUGUUGAAGAAAAAUGAAGAAAUUGCCACCCUUAAGCAGCAACAUGCGGUUGAGAAAGCAUCAUUAGAGGGUAAAGUUGAUGUGAUGCAAAAAGAAGUAGAUGAACUAAAAUCGCUUGUUAAGAUGAUGUUGCAACAAAAAAGUUCAGGAGUGGACCUUGAGAUGUUAGCUGCUCAACUAGGAAGCACUUUAGGCAAUCCGAACAAUGAUGCGCAUGAGGAGGAAAACUAUGUUGAAGGGGAAAUCGAACUUGGUUAA